AUGAAGUCGCACCGUAAUCGCUCGAAUCCCUCUACGGGACCAAUGUCGAGCCUGCCGCAAGACCCGUCGCCGUGGUGGUGGUGCUGCGAUUCACUUUAUACCUGUUUCUCGGCAUAUUUUCUCAUCAAAAGUGUCCCACUAGGAACAACAAUAGUGAAACAGGAUAGUUUCGCCGACUUUCUGAUCGAUACUUCUAUGGCUAACCAACUGGACGCCCACCGGGCUUCUAUGAAUGCCUCUGAACUCGUGGAUAUUCUCCAGUGGAAGAUAUAUGAUGUGGGUAAAAGUAAGACACUUCCUUACGUUUGUACUUUAGGGAUAGCGAUAGCUACAGUCAAGUACAUACAUUGUAGGGUGGGAUAUGUCGAAGACUGCCUUCUGAGGACAUACUUAGACGCUGUGCCAAUUUCAAUACAAAUCAGAUCAUAUUACCUUAACACAAAUCUUCCUUGA